AUGGCAAAGACUUCGCCGAACCUUGGUCCUCUGAGUCUUAUUCCGACUCCAGGUGGACAGACCGGUGGAACCGACCAAUUCACCGAAUUCGCAUCACACAUGGCACUCGUCCACAACAUCAUAAUCCGUGGCUAUAAUAGCAUAUACCUCCAAGCACCCAAAGUGAAGCAAGCUGAUGUGCAUGAUUUCCUGCAUUACUGUCAAGCAUGGAACGAGUUCGUGGUAGGCCAUCAUGACAGCGAGGAGCAUGUCUUGUUUCCUGGCACUGAGAAGGAAACCGGAGUCCAGGGUAUAAUGGACGAGGAUGUGCAGGAGCAUGCCUCCUUUCACCAUGGCCUAGCCGAUAUAAAAGCUUACCUGGAAACCUCCCUCACCUCACCGGCAUCUGACUUCAACGGCUCCAACCUCAUCAUGAUCCUCGACUGCUUUGCGCCUGCAUUCCAUAGUCAUCUCACCCACGAACCGGCGAGGCUUGCAUCUCUUUCACGGUACGACUUCGACAUGAAGGCGCUCGGCGACCACACCACACAGCACAGUCUGCAGCGAUAUUCGACGACGGACAUCCUGCCUGUUCUGUGGUACAAUCUGGACACUACGUUCGAGAACGGGAAAUGGGAGAGUUUUCCGGAGUUGCCGGCUGCUAUGAAGUGGUAUAUGAUUAAUGUGCUGGGCUGGUGGAGACGGAGUUGGUGGCGGUUUGUUAGCUGUGGUGCAAAUGGGGUUGAGAGGGAGUUGUUGUGUUUGAGAGAUGAUUACUGA